AAUUUUAUCCCCUCCAAAACUACUUGAAUCAAUCCGAGCAAAUACGAGUUGAUUACCCAAACAAUUUAGGAAAUGUUGCUUUGAAAAUUUUACUUUUGUCUAUCUAGUACGCCUCAAACAACUACUAUGCUACUAAUUUUCAGUUUUCGGAAACCCGAAACCUUAAAAAUUGUCAUUUUUUAUGGAGUUAUCGGAACACCCGCUUCCACAGAUUUGACCUUCGCAGUUGUUAUAAUUUUCGUAAAUGUUGUUAUACAGCAUUCAUCGAUGGAGGGGGUCCGUACAGUAACGCUCAAAUCAAAUUCCUCUUUUAGUGCAGCUCAACGCCGAGGUGAUCAUAUCGAAACUCACAAACGAUGGGCUGCCGGUCAAAACAAGCAGCGGGUUAUCGAGAAAAACACAGCCAAGCUAGAAGAGGAUACCGAGGAUCUGCACAAUGAUUUGGUUGACAUGGAUGUUGGUAAAAUCAUAAUGCAGGCAAGACAGGAAAAAAACCUGACCCAGAAAGAUCUGGCCACCAAAAUUAACGAGAAGCAACAGGUAUGAUUUUGGGUGUUUCCUCAUUGCUGCAGGUUAUUGCAGACUAUGAACAAGGUCGUGCGGUGAAAAAUCAAGCCAUUAUUUCAAAACUAGAGAGGGCCCUGGGAGUUAAAUUGAGGGGUAAAGAUAAAGGAAAGCCUUUGGGAAGUACGAAGAAGAAUUAGAUUCGUGUUGUUAACUCACACGUUAAUCAAACACCGUUAUCCACUUUAAAUAACUUCCAAUGAUAUGUACAUUUUCUCUUCAGAAACAGAUUUCCAUUUGGCCAUCAAGUUAGUAAAAUGCUUUUAAUUUACCCCUGCUGCUUAUCUGAAUGAUGUAAUAAUAUAAUGUAUUACUCG